UAAACAAGCAACAAUUAUGGCGACAUACCCUAAGAAGAAUGUUUUCCUGUCUUCUCUCAUGUUUCUUCUAUUAAUCGGUUCCUCGUACGCAAUAACAGCUCUGGACGGAAACGCGAUCUGCGGCAAAACGCUAAACCCAUCUUUCUGUCUGAAAUUCAUGAAGUCCAACCCGAAGAUCUCAAGCGCCGAUCUUCCGGCUGUCGCAAAGAUCACCAUUGAUUCCGCGCAAGAAACCGCAUCAAAGACCUUUAAGAAGAUCCAGUCUAUUGCCCAGAAAACGACUGAUCCGAAAUCAAAGGAAGCCUACUCAUCGUGCUUGGACUAUUAUGGGUCGGUAGUCGGUAACUUCGAUAAAGCAAAGAAGUAUCUGGCAGCUGGGGAUCCCGUGAGCGCGAACAUCAUGGUUUCGGCCGCAAUGGAUGGGCCGGACUCAUGUAUAUACGAACUCAAGAACGUCAAAGCCGAUCCUUCGGUUGUGAAGAACAGCGAGUAUAUCGUGAAUGUUUGCGGAAUCACUCUUGUUAUCGUGAACAUGUUACCGAGCCGUACGUAACAUGUGAGACGACGAUAUUAAUCUGAUUUAUAUAUAUGUGUGUAUAUAUAUAUAUAUAAUGGAUUUGUAAUACUGAUUCACGAUCAGUUAAGAAUA